UUUCAUCCAUCUUCAGGUUUCUCUGCAAAUUCUGCUUCAAAGUCAGCUCAUCAAUGGCGUCAAUUCAACCUUCACCAAAGAAACGAAAGAACAACAACAAACAAUCAACAGAAAUCAACAAGAGAAACAACAAGAAGAAGAAUCAGGAUCUCGCUGACGUCAGAAAACUAGGUCAACAACUGCUCUCAAACCGAUCUCACAUCAACAACCUCCCGCUUCUACUCAAUAUCCUCAAUCCGACGUCGUCUUCUCCACCUGAAUUCAUCCUUGAAGCUCUCCUCUCUGUUCAGUCGUUCUUCACUCCACUCGUUGCUGAACUUCCGUCUUCCUCCGCUAAACCUACUGAAGAUCCGGAAUCGGUUUAUGGAGUUUGGUUGCGGUCGAAGUUCGAUGAGUUUGUUGAGUUUUUGAUUCGGUUAUCUGUUUCCACAACACUUGUUGAAGAAGCUCUCAGAGAAGUGGUGGUGGAUACUUUGAUGGAGUGUGUGAAGGUUGGAAAUGCAGGGAAGUUUCAUUCGUCUAUAUAUCAUAAGUUUAUUCAUACUAUGGUUUACUCCAUCGAGGAGGCUGAUACUUUGUUAGACUUGCUUGUAUCAAAAUAUUUCAAGUACAUCGAUGUCUGCUAUUUUACUUACAUAAGUUUGGAGAAGCUAAUUCGAACACUUGAUGUCAGAUCUGCGAGUGCGGAGUCUGAAAAGGAAAGUCCGGCAAGCGCCAGCGGAGAGCUUUUAAUACGCAAUAUACAUCAUGUACUAUCUAAAAUUCCUCCCCUUCAACAACUUGGUGAAAAAUCUGAAUUUGAAAUGUGGAAUGCAUCAGGUGUUUUCACUAAAGACAGUAAAACUGAGACCAAGAAGAAGAGUAAAGACAGUAAAACCGAGACCAAUGAUGUUCCAUCUUCAGCUAUUAUUUCGAAAAAGAUGAAGUUGAAGUUUUCUAAAGCAUGGAUGGCAUUCCUUACAUUAGAACCGCUUCCUAUUGACGUCUACAAGGAGGUUCUUGUUACUCUUCAUCAAGCAGUGAUCCCUUAUUUGUCUAACCCCAAAUUGUUGAGUGAUUUUUUGACAAAAUCUUACGACAUCGGAGGUGUUAUAAGUGUAAUGGCUCUUAGCAGCUUGUUCAUUCUAAUGACGGAACAUGGUUUUGAGUAUCCCAAUUUCUACGUGAAGCUUUAUGCACUCCUUCAACCCUCUAUAUUCAUCGCAAAACACAGAGCCAAGUUCUUUCAGCUUCUUGAUUCAUGCCUGAAAUCACCUCUUCUUCCGGCUUAUCUGGCUGCUUCGUUUGCUAAGAAACUAAGUAGGCUAGCUCUUACCAUACCUUCUUCAGGAAGUCUUGUCGUUAUUGCUCUAAUCCAUAAUCUCUUGCGAAGGCAUCCUUCAAUCAACUGUUUAGUGCACCAGGAAGAGAAAGAUCAAACGGCCAAGAAUGACAUCAGCGCCAACCCAGGCAUUGAUCAUUUUAAAAACGAAGAAACCGAUCUUAUGAAAACCAAUGCCUUGAGGAGUUGUUUGUGGGAAAUUGAUACCCUGCGCCACCACUAUUGCCCCCCGUUGUCCAGGUUUGUACUUUCACUGGAGAACGAUUUAACGGUUAGAUCCAAAACAACAGAAGUUGCUGUGAAAGAUUUCAGUUCAGGUUCAUAUGCAACCAUAUUUAGAGAUGAGAUGAGAAGGAGAGUUAAGCAGGUUCCAUUGGCUUUCUACAAGGCCAUACCUACUUCAUUGUUUUCAGAGAGUGAUUUUGGUGGUUGGACUUUCCAAUCUGAAGAACAAAAACAAUGAAGAAAAUGUUACAAAAUGAUUCUUUUUGAGGUAGAAGUUGAUUGUUGUAAGAACAAGAGGGAUGAGUUUUGCCAACUAUUCAAAGUUGUUUUUUUUUUUAUUUACCAAUUAAUUAAUGUUUCUUUUUUAUUUA